AUGAAGAUCUUAAUUUUGCUGUUGGCGGCGCACAUGUUCUCCAUGUUGCCGUAUUUCCACUGCGGGGACGACGAGAAGCUCAGGGCAACGACUGGCGGUUUGUCUACCGGCGGCUUGAAAAGUGCAGACGAGAGGAAUCCAUUUGCAAUGGCAGACUACAGCGGAGACCCGUUUGAAGAUACUGAAGAAACAGAGGCAACAGCUUCGACUCCACUGAUUUCUCCAGACAUGACAAACGUGAUGGACCUGACCGUGGAGGACGACGUCAAGAUCCAAGUGAAGUUGGAAGAGGCUCGUGGAGUAACCUGCAGGACUUACACCCCGAGGGACGGCGUUUACAUUGCCAAGAUUGUCCACGGCAGAGCGACAGUUUGGGAGUCGACCAAGUGGAAGUGCAAGGAGGCGGAACUCUUUACAGUCGAGGGAGUAUCGCUCGUGACUAGCGUAUGGAGCAGAGGCCGCAAGCUCGAGUACAAGUACUUUGAGGAACAGGACGGAGAAUGGAAGAGCAUCGAACCGCUCUACUUUGAUCGGAUGCUCCAGGAUAUGAUGUAUCACAAGAGGCAAUGUAAUUGCGUCGUCAUUUAA